GACGACUGUGCGGGGCCCACCCUCACAUCCACUUGGCUUCAGUUCUCCAUCGCCGCCGCAUUCCUGACCCUCCACUCGCCGGCGCAGCCAGUCGAUCGGCCGCUCCAUCUCGCUGCAUCCCGAUUCCCGAGCACGACCCCGGCGACUCGAUCGGCCUCAGCCUCUAGGCCCUCUACCUGUAAGCGCGCGGGGCCGCGGCCGGAGGAACGCGGAGGCCGCCGCGAGGAUCGGGAGAGCGACGACGUGUUCGCCCGCCGCGCUCAAGGCCCGCAGGAGGAAGAGGAAGGAGUCGAGGAAGGCCGCCGCGGCAGGGGGGGAAUGAGGAGUCCACGCUGCCACCUCCGCCGGUGUUCUAGACUAGGGACCCGCGCCGCUCAAGUCCAAGGCCUGGGCCGACGUCGACGGCUAAUUCGCCACCAGGAAUCGAAGAGUGAAGAUGAUGGCCUUGAUGUUGAUAUGGGUGAUAAUGAACCAGAGGAGGAACCUGAGCAUGAACCUGAAGUUGAUGUACGAGUAAGAUCUGAGCAGCUUCAAAGAGAGAGGCAGCUUUCAAAGAAGGAAUUGAGGAAGGAAGAGCUUGCAGAACUAGAUACUGUGCUGGCUGAGCUGGGGAUUUCUGGACAUGCUACACAGCCUGAUGCAAUUAGUAAAUCUGACAGAAAACCAGAUGAGCAGAAUGAUGGAGAUAAGAAUGGUGCUCCUUCACCUUCAGAAAGCAAGACUUCAAAAUUGAAAAAAAGAAACAAUCAAAGGACAAAUCAAUCAGGGAUUGUAAAGAGCAACCCCAUGAAGUGGAUUCCAGCAAGGAUCAUGGAGAGGCAGCUAAUCCAAAAGCAUGAGGAGGAAAAUAGGGCUGUGGAUGUGAGGGAGAAGAUGAAGAAGAUAACUGCAACCAAAAAGAAAAGGUCCAUCAGAGAUGGAUGGUGCUGCAAAGCAUGCCCCCAUGGAGUGCCAAGCUUGCUGCUGCAAAGAAGACGGAGAAACCCCAUUACAACCAACAACCCGUGCGAUAGACUUGCUUCGAUCACCAAGUUUAGAAUGAUCACUGUGCUCAUUUGUUGUACUUGGUCUGUUUGCUUUAUAUUAUCCAAUGCACUUCUCGUGAAUGUAUCCACCAUAUCUGGUGAAACAUACCGUUUUUGUGAAUCCCAACUUCUAUAUUGAAUAGUCAAAUUGAUAUAUUAAGUGAACAGUGGUAGAUCUAGCAACGAUGUUAGAGGGUUUGAAUAAACUAGA